AUGCACGACAGUAACCUAGCACGAUCUACGAAGCCUCAACUUGCACAUGCACCCAUCCUCGCCAUCGCCAGCUCAUGUGCGUCUCGCUCUGACUCCUGCGCUUCGUUGCUCAGCCGAGCAUGUGAGGAGAAGAGCACUUCACCGGUCACAAGCAACCUGCCAGGAUCAAGGGUCUUUCCUGGGCAAACAGAAGUCGUAACGUCGUCCGAACGAUCAUCAUCCUCCCAGGUGAAGGCAUUUCCCCGCACGUCUUACAAGAUGCUAAGGACGGGGGCUUGCGUCCGUAUGAACGGAAAGAAUAGGGACGAUUUCGGUAUCGAGGCGGAGAGCAGGAAGUGUGCUCUCGGCUCAGCUGCAGCUGGCUCUCUGGGUAUGAAACGACGUCCGCCACGGAGCGUGGGAAGGCUGGUAACGCAUCUGAUUCACAUCUCCGCAUAUGCACGACUCUCAGCGGGCCACAUCCGUCAUGGCUUGUUCGACAGGAAACAUGUCCAAGGCGGCCGUUGGCCGAGGCGAGACGGGUUUCUUGGAGGCCGUGGUAUAGACGACACGCGAUUUGAUGGGAUCUGCGACCGGGUUGGAGGAAUUGCCGACUCGUCUGGGCCGCAAGAGCCGGCCAGGCUGCGGCAAGCGACGAGUCAGGCGACACACUGGCAAUUUGGGCAGACGCGAGGGGAGGCCAAGGCGGCGAGGGAGGGCGUGAAGCACGAGAAGAGCGUGAAGAGGCGCGCGGAAGGGGUGGGUGUUUCUUCACAAACUCGCAAAGUGCUCCAAUCACCGUCACCGCCCGGCGAAGUGGAUGGUGAAUUGGAAUCUCUCAUGGCCGAGAGAGCAUGCCACCCGGGCACGACCAGACGACAAUCCUUCCGCAAAACGCUCGUCGACGCUGGUCUCCCGCAAGAGUACCUCGACGCGCUGGAACAGAAACGGAGGCAAUUGGACGAGUCAAUACAUAAGUACAUAGCGGCCAAGGAACGGGAAUACAAACAGUAUGAAAAGGAAUUGAGACAGCAGUAUAAGCUCGCACAAGAUAAAGAGAUCGUAAAACCGCGGCGGACGUCUUGGGAAUCGACGCAGGAUAUCGCAGGAUCGCCGCGGCUCCAGGGCCAGCAGCAGUCGGUGGUAGACGUCCUGUUGGCAGCGGGCCUCAAACGAGACCAAAUUGGACAUUCCGUGGCCGUGGCAGUAGUCGACGACGAUGGCACCCCCACAUUGGAAGCCAAAUCGUCCAUGGCGGGCAUGACAGACCGACGGGCGAGCAUCGAGCGGGACAAGGAAUUCGUUGGGGUCUUCACGCCCGCUUUCUUGCCAGCAUUGGAGAAUAAAGCUCAGUCGACCAACGCUGCUGCUGAGCGGGGAUCUUCGGCACCACCGCCCAGCAGCGCAGGCAUUGAGCAAGGAUCCGAUCAGGACAGAGUCCAUCGAGCCCACUCUGAUAGCGUUGUGCAGGCCCAAGGCAAGAGGCCGGCGCAUUUGCAACUGGUGGAAAGGACGUCGUCGUCUGGGUCGUCGGCGGAUGGCAAGCUGACGUCGGCGUUGAAAUCACCGACUCAUGCAUCGAGGCAGCCCAAACGGAAACGAGUGUCUAUUGCAGUGGGGAAUUCGAUUGUCGCACCGUCAGACAAUGUCCCUGUGGAUUUGAGCAGUAACAAUCACACGCCGUCCCAUUCCCGGACCAGGUCACCUGCUUCAGAGCGGGACAGUGGUCCCACGAGCGCAGCAAGAGCAGUGGAUUCACUAAAAGAUGCUCAAAAGCAGGCCGAGUCCACGGCCAUCCUACCCGAAACUUCCCAGCCCUUAACGAAUGGAAAGUUCCCCGUAGAGAAAGCCCCCAGUCCCAUAACAACACCAUCCGCCCAACCUUCACCCCCACCGCCAGCGAGAGCCUCCCAAAUCGACGCAGACGGCGACCUCUUCGACCUCGACGACGAAGACGACGAGCCCUCAGCAAAACCAGAACCCAUACCAGACGACCCGCUCUCGAGCGAAGACGACAUAACAGGCCGCGUCUCCCGGAACCCGCACUUCCUCGACGACGGCGAUAUAUACGACCCCAACGCAGGCAUAAUAUCCGAACCCGAAGAACCAGAAGACAACCACGACCACGCAGACCACAUAGAGUUCAUGCCCGGGUCCGCGAACGCCUCGCAACAGCCCACGAAUCCGGGCUUCCGGCGGCCGUCUGUUAGUAUAGACCCCGUAUACGCUGGGGAGAACUACGCUCGCGCGGAGCAUAGCGCGAUAGUGAAUGAAGUUUACGGGUCGUCGUAUGUGCGGCCCGCGAGUAAAGGGUCGUUUACGGCGGGGUCGCUGGGGGAGUCGUUCAUGGCGAGGAAUGCGGAGAUGCUGAGGAAUCGAGCGCCGCAGGAUGAGUCGCAGGUGCGCUCCUGA